CGCGCUCCUGGGGAUUUCCUCCGGUCCUGGGCGUUUACUCGGCGUUAAACGAAGAUAUCGAAGGGUGGAGCAAGAGAAUACUGCUUGGAGGGUCUGGAAGGAUAUUUUGCCAUCCCUGGAGGAAUGGACUUUCUGAACCUGCGUGGAAAAUGCCCUUUUUAAUACCCAGAGUUGCAAAGGAGAACUUAUGAUCGAAAUUUGAUUUCAACUGCACUUUUAACCUUAAAUAGACCAUGGAGAGGGUGUUAUCUCUACUCUGCUGCCAUUGUUCUUUGCUGGUUUUGUUUCAGCAAAAAUACCAGGUGUACGGAAACUACUCCCAGCUACCCAAACACCCAGGGUUCAAAGUCCUGGCAUCAGCUUCCCACUACUGGCCCCUGGAAGACGUGGAUGGAAUUCACGAGUUUCGGGACGCGAACGGAGCUCUAAGAAUCCACAACUUCACUGUGCUUCCUCCCCAUAACUCUACCUUUGUAAAUACCAAUGACUCUGCCUACUCUAACUUCUCUGCAACUGUAGAUAUUGUAGAAGGGAUGGUGAACAGAGGGAUUUACGUCACUGAAAAGAAGGGAGUCACCUUUCUCUUCUUUGGGAGCUAUCGAAAUUCUUGCAUUAGCAACCCAGAGGCUUGUGGGCCUGAAGGAGUGACAUUUUCCUUUUUCUGGAAGACCCAAGACCAACAGGCCAAGCUUCUCCCUGCCUCUGGGGGACGAGUCAUUUCCAGUGGUUUCAAAAUCUGCUCAAACGAAGGUGAAGGCUCCGUGGAAUUUUUCACCCGUGGGAAUGCAAUGAUGAAGUGGAAAGCAAGCUUCAGUCCACCAGGUCCCUACUGGACCCACGUCCUGUUCACCUGGCAGCCCCGCGAGGGGCUCAAGGUCUAUGUCAACGGCAGCCUGAGCACCACGGACCCGGCGGGCAAGGUGUUCUACGACUACGGCGACGGCGACAGCGGCAGCGCCACGCUGCUGGCGGGCGGGGCGGGAGCGCGCGGCGUGACCGGCGCCUUCGACGAGUUCGUCAUCUGGGAGAGAGCGCUGAGCGCCCGCGAGGUGCGGCUGUACUUCACCGCGGCCGUGGGCGUGCAAGUUCUGCUUUCCUCAACACUUCCAUGGUCCCUGGUGACAACCACUACACAGCCCGUGCUCCCCACCAACGCCUACCAGCCCAUCAUCAGCGCCCUGAGCCAGGACAGGAGGGGCUCCCAGGCCCCCAGUUCCCUGCUGGGGCACCUGCAGAACGUGUCCCUGAGCCUGCCCAACAAGUCCCUGUCCGAGCACACUGCCCAGAGCCUGGCCGAGGCAUUUUUAAAAGCUGUUGAGGACUUUAUGUUGCUGUCUGACUGGAUUGAGGGACCAGAGACCCCCGAGGUGUUCAGCAGCCUGAUCCACACCAUCGACACCGUGAUGGCUCACCUGUCCCUCAACCUGCAGGGCAACGCCCUGAGCCUCGAGGGCUCCUCCUCCGUGGCAGAUUACACUGUGGUCAAAAUGGAUCCUCAGACCCUGAACGUGUCCCACUACCGAUUUCCAUCCCGGGGGCACAGCUACAUUUCCAUCCCCAGUGAGGCUUUCCAUGGAAAAGCCUGGAUCACCAUCGUGGGCCUGCUCUACCACAACAUGCAUUAUUUCUUCCACAACAUCAACCCUGUGGACACCAGGAUUGCUGAAGCUGCUGCCUACAAAGAUUUCAUGAUCUCAGCCAGCAGUUACCUCAUCUCCAUCAAAGUGGAGCCUCUGCCCCAGCUGUCCUACAACCUGUCAGGGUCUCCCCUGCUCAGCAUCCAGCUCAGCCACAGGCUGACGCCAAGACAAUACAGCCAAGCACUAAAUAAAAGUAACAGAGUUCAUCUUUACUGUGCAUUUCUGGAUUAUAGCAAUGGAACCGGGGUGUGGUCCAACGAGGGCUGCGAGCGCCGGGGCGGGGACCUGAACCACUCCGUGUGCCUCUGCAACCACCUGACCAACUUCGCCAUCCUCAUGCAGGUGGUGCCCCUGCAGCUGAGCAGAGAACACCAGGUGGCCCUGUCCUCCAUCACUUACAUCGGCUGUGCUCUGUCCAUCUUCUGCCUGACCAUCACGCUCGUCACCUUCGCCGUGCUCUCGUCCGUCAGCACCAUCAGGAACCAGCGCUACCACAUCCACACCAACCUGUCCUGUGCCGUGCUGCUGGCCCAGGUGCUGCUGCUCGCCAGCUUCCAGCUCAGCCCCUCCACCCUGCCUUGCAAGAUAUUGGCCAUUCUCCUCCAUUUUUUCUUCCUGAGUGCCUUUGCAUGGAUGCUGGUGGAAGGGUUCCAUCUGUACAGCAUGGUGAUCAAAGUCUUUGGGUCAGAGGAGAGCAAGCACGUGUACUAUUAUGGGAUUGGAUGGGGCUGCCCACUGGUGAUCUGUGUCAUUUCUGCAUCCUCGUCCCUGGACAGCUAUGGGGAGAGUGGCAACUGCUGGCUUUCCCUGGAGGACGGAGCAAUCUGGGCUUUUGUGGCACCAGCAAUGUUUGUCAUUCUGGUGAACAUUGGCAUCCUCAUUGCUGUCACCAGGGUCAUCUCCAGGAUCAGUGCUGACAACUACAAGGUCCAUGGGGAUGCCAAUGCCUUCAAACUGACAGCUAAAGCUGUGGCUGUUCUCUUACCCAUCCUGGGCAGCUCGUGGAUCUUUGGCAUUUUGGCUGUCAAUGCCCACGCUCUUGUGUUUCAGUACAUAUUUGCUGUUUUCAAUUCACUGCAAGGGUUUUUCAUAUUCCUGUUUCACUGCCUUCUCAACUCAGAGGUCAGAGCUGCCUUUAAGCACAAAACCAAGGUCUGGUCCCUCACCAGCAGUUCAACUCGCAACAUCAACGCGAAGCCCUUCAACUCAGACAUUAUGACUGGGAACAGGCCAGGCACGAGUCCCACCAAGCUGAACACCUGGGAUAAAAGCAGCAAUUCAGGGAACCGCGUUGAUUUAUCGGCGGUCUGACAGCAGGGGCAGCUCCUCAGGGCGAGCCCAGCAUCCCUCCGGGGCUCUGACACCCUGCCCUCCAGCUGUCCUCACUGCUAGCAGCAGAAAACUGGGGCUUUUAGCUCCCUGCCUAAUGAAUUGCCAUUUUGUUUUGUUGAGUGAAUAGCCCUCGUGUCUCUCCUUCAAAGCUGUAACACGGCAACACCUGUACAAGUGAGCAGCACAAAGAUACACUGGAUGCUUUUGUCAGCAGUGAUGAAAACUCUAGGUAAGCAAGAAGGGCUUAUUGCUCCCUGAAUCAUUCCAGCUCCCAGAACUGAGGGAAAGCAACAUACCUCUGGAAAGAUGAUGGAUUUUUGUGCUCUAAAAUGAAGUGCUUCCCGUUGUGAUGUUGCAAUGAGACUAUUCCAGACUUGCUGUGCUCUCUCUGUUUACACUUAUUGCCUUACAGAAUUAUCAAAGUGAGGUUGGUUCUAAACACACAGUGUGGUGUUCAGUCCAAAUGCCACAAGCACAUCGGGGCAGCAGCAGGUUCCAGGUGCCGCGCUCCCAGGGUGGGUGUGGGUCAGCAGAGCUCAAACACACAGACCUGGAAGGUGAGACUCUCCUGGAUGUGCCCUGCUGCUGUUUCAGACCUUCCCGGUGCUGUGCUCCCGCCAGAGUGUCCUGGAGCAGCCCCAGCCCCUCCGUGCUGGUCUGUGCCUGUGCCACAUCCCCACAAAGCCAGCAGCUCUGCACC